CGUAGACUCUCAUGAUGUCGUGGCUCGCUUUCCCCGAUUAGAAUUCUGGUGAUGUGAUGGAAUAUAUCCUUCUAUCCCGUCCAAGUCAUUCACUAUCUUCCAAUCUCAUACUGAACCUCUUCUGCGUUUAGUCUCCAUGUCAACCACGUGCUCCAACUUGUUGACAGUACCUUUUUUGGCACUGGUUUCGUUACCUCUAGUCGUCUCGGCAUAUAUCACCAUCUGUCUCUCCGUACUGACUUUGUUUUUACGCCUUUUGGUCAUUUACGUUGAGCUAUGCAUUGCUAUAGUCUCAAACUACUUUGUGAUUCCGACAUCAAGCAAGUCAUCAUUGCUGAGUUUUGCCUCUGAACCGACCACCCCCGCCGCCUCUGCCACGCCCAAGAGGCGAUCCAUUGAUCAUGGUAUCACAGCGAUAUUGCCGCACCACGGCAACCAUCGCCAAAUAGCGCCCUUUUCUCGAGGGCACACUCGGCCGGCGCCGGCUCGACGGCGAAAUAGUUCGAAUUCUUCAACCGGGCACCCUGGCGGCGACUAUGGCCGGCCUGUCCGCAAGGAAGAGCUGCGCAGGAACGGGCUUACUACUCCGCCAUCUGCUCUUCUGACUCUCAUCAGCGGAGAUGAAGGCCGGGACUUCGAAGGCGUGGGCGGCUGGCGCUGCCCACCAUCUGCAAGGUCGCAGGGCCGUCUUUCCAGGUCCGCGUCGUCCUCCUCAAAGGACAGCGUAAGCGACGAGGCAGAUGAGCGCGCCUGGCUCUCAAUCAACGAUCGUCUAGAACUCCCCUCACACCCCUUUCCACUGCGGAACCACCCCGAAACAGCAGACAUUCUGCCCUGGAGACACAGCCAGGCCGCCUCUCGCAGUCCCGAUGGACGCAGGCAGCGCCAUCAUCACCGUUCCGCAACCACCUCCCUCAUCCCAAGUCAAACUCGCCAGGCUCCUACUUCUCCAUCAGCAUCUCGGUCAAACAGGUCAGAGUUCCAUUUACCGGCCGGCUCGGGGGCGCGCUCCCGAGGUCUCUCUCCGCGGCCACAGUCCCAGGACGCAUCGUCGUUUUCGACAUAUUCUGAUUUCUUCCGUGCUAUGGCCAGUGCGCCGCAGACACAUUCUCAAUUGCACCUAUCGAGUUCAUCCGAGGCCCCGGGGGGUUACUUUACUUUCCGACCGGGCAAUGGAGCGAAUAGCAGCGGGAGUGCAGUCUCAACGGGCACGACGACACCAGUCGAGGAUCGAUCCGGCACAACGCCCCGUAGUAUAGGAAGAUUCAUGGCCCAUUAUCCUACAGGUGUGAGAUAUCGUAGACGAAGUGUAUCGGGGGCCAAUCUUGGAUCGCAAUUACCCAGUCCUUCUUUGAAUAGAGACCGGACCUUUUGAUUGAUUUGGUUCUUGAUUUUGAGAUGAUUUCAACGAAAGCGUUUUGGUAGUUUUGCAUAUUAGCGAUUGGAUUUAAAAAUUGACCAGUGAGUGAUUAUGCAUCUGCAACUCAUGGGUUCUAGCGACUGAGGCCAUUUCACCAUAUCUAUUAACUAUACACUAAUAAUACACUCCGUAUGUCCAACUCUUCUUGACGCAGAAUUUGCAAAGUUUAUCUAGAAACAAGGGAAUCAUUACUGUAGGGGAAAAGGUAUAUCGCUCAAGAUAAACAGUGCGUCUCUUGCGUCAUGUCCGACUCCGAGCCCUUUCCCUUUGGCUCACCUCUUCCAUUUCCUCCAAUACCACUUUGUU